AUGUCUUUGCUUUCAAUCAGGUCCACCUGGUCUAUUAUUGCGAUGUUGGCUAUGCUGCCUUUGUCUUCAGUUUACGCGCGCCCAACCCGCGAAUCAGGCACUGUGAGCCAGGUUCAGCCGGCAACAAAUAUCCAGCCUCGUGACCCAAGACUUAUCCCUGCUGCUGAGAGAUAUCUCGCCGAUGCCUUCGCUGUGCUAGGCGUGUCAGAACCCGAAACUUCCCAGACGCCUAUUCCUCUCACUUCCGUUCACAUCUCGCUCUGGCAAGACACGCCUGAGAAUAUCACAGCAACACCCACUGCCAGCGCGACUAAAACCACGCAACCUGCCAUGUACACCACCAACAUUCGUCACGGAGACGACAAACCCAUCGAGAACAUCCAGGUCGGAUCCGGAUGGACCGGAGGAAAUAAGCUCCAAGCGUCAGACCUGCCCUUUAUCUUCGAUGCUCUUUCCAAGGCACUUGACCACCGGUUCCGCAACAUGAUCGAUAGCUCUGACGAGCGAGGGCUGGGAGAUGACUCCGGCUCUAAUGAUCUCCGUUCUGAGAUCGGGUUCCUGCGAUGA